UCAAAAAGCAGCCAAAAGAGCUUGGCUCGCCAACAAGAAAAGGAAAAGAUAAAAGAGUAUUCUUACGCAUAAAGAGAUCUGAGCAGGGCCAAUUUUUAGGAAUUGAAAAUCAUUAGAGAAAUCAGGAGGGACUGUGCAUUAUCAGUCAGGACUCGAGAUAUUCAAUCAGGAGGGACUGUGCAUUCCAAUCAGUCAGGAUUCAGGAUUCAGGAAUUUUAAAGUGGAGGAUUAAAAGGGAUCAAAGAGCAACGCAGAGGUUGACAAAAAAAAAAAAAAGCAAAACAGAAGAGACUCAUCAGAGUUGAGAACUCAGAUCGACAAACGAGAAGGAGACUGACGCUUUGCGGUUGCGGCCAUGAAAGUGAUCUUUAGCUCCAGAGCUCAGUCUACUACACAUUUUCAGUAAUUGUAUGUUAAAAUGAUGACAUCCAUAAAUCCAGAGAAAUUCCUGCCCAAGUUGCUGGAACUUCUGAGCAAAGCCAAGGCUGUAGCAGGAACAGAGGGUGAAGCAGUUCUACGCUUUGAAAAUAUUAAAGAGCAGCUUGAUGAAGUGAUCAAUGAUGGUUUGCUACCCAAAGUCAAGCUUUUGGAUCAAACUCUGUUGAGGCAAUUCACUUCCUUAGAACGCCGCCUUGGCAAGAUUAUAGUGGAAGCUAAGACUACUUACAGCACGGUUGAGGCAAUCAACGAAGCACUAAAUUUCAUGGAUAAAGAUGUCAAACAGAUAAAAGACUUGAUGCAUCUAGGGAAGCCAAUGCUUCGCCCUGAUCCCAUUCCAGAGCCUCAGGCGAAAUGGAUUCCGGUUUUUCAGUUGUAUUCAGCCAAAAAAAUGUCGGAAGAGUGGUCACAGCUGGGUCUGCAGGAUAGGUUUCAUGACAGUUCCGCUAUGACCAAUAUGCGGAGGACGUAUGAAAAUCUUGAGAGCUUAGAAUUGAAGUUGUGCUUGCUCUCUUUCUCUGUCUUCCCAGAGGGUGCUGUGGUAAAGAAGAGGCCGUUAAUUUACUGGUGGAUUGGUGAGGGCUUCAUCAGAAGUACCCAACAGAAGACAGCAGAAGAGGUAGGUGAAGAGAUCUUUCAAAAUCUUGUGAUGAGAAAGGGCUUGAAUGUUCAACCACAUUUGAAGGCAUCAUCAUCCAGUACAGUUCUAGUGAAUAGUUGUACAAUUCACCCUUGGAUUCGUCGCAUGCUGAUCUCCUUGGCCAGCGAGGCUAAGCUUUUCCACUUUGAUUCAAGCUGGUCAAGGAUGCCAUCUUAUGAUUCAUCUUGUAGGCAUGUAUGCUUAGUGUUUGGUAACCCAAUUCCUCAGGGAAAUGAUGGUCCGAAAGUGGAUGAUUUGUUGACACUCUUCAAUGUAAGUGAGCAGUAUCUCGGUAUGAAAAAAGAAUGGCUUAAUAAAUUGAAGAAGGUUAAGGUUCUUCAGCUUGGACGGUGGCAAAGCUCGGCUAAUUAUCACAUUGAAGUGGAAGAUGAAACAUCUCUAAAAGGAUUGGGGAGUCAGAAGCACUUAAAAUAUCUUAGCCUUCGAGGAAUAUCAAGAGUUUCUCAACUCUCUCCUUCUAUCCUUAAUCUUGUCAGCCUUCAAAUUCUGGAUCUGAGAGCAUGUCACAACUUAGAGACAUUGCCUUCGGAUAUCUCAUCAUUGAGAAAACUCACACAUUUGGAUUUAUCAGAGUGUUACUUGCUAGAAGGCAUGCCGAAAGGGAUUGAGAAACUCUCUUCCCUGCAAGUGCUCAAAGGUUUUCUCAUAGGAUCUUCCCAAAAAACUCCCUGCAGACUCGGUGAUCUUGCCAAGUUGACGAAUCUCAAGCGGCUCAGUAUACACAUGGGUAAUGAAGCUGUAGUUCAAGAAGGGGAGUUCAAGAAGUUGGAGGAAAUGUUGUCUCUUCGCCGCCUCAAAAUAUCGUGGGGAGUAGUGAGAAACUUGUUAAAAGAAAAAAUCAUUGAGGAAUCCUUGAAAUUUUCAUUUCCACCAGAUUUAGAAAAAUUGGAUCUUCAAGGCAUCCCUAUUGAACGUGUACCACAGUGGUUGAAUCCGAGCCAGCUCAAAAAUUUAAAGAAGCUGUAUAUAAAGGGUGGGAAACUUGUUAGCUUGGAUCAUGGAAAGAGUGAUAGAUGGAUGGUUGAAAACUUGCGUCUCAAGUACCUGGCAGAGUUGGACAUUGACUUGCCGAGGUUGAAGGAAUUGUUUCCUCAUCUGCAGCACUUGGAGAAAAUCAAGUGUCAUGAGAUUGAAAAGGACGUAUACGAUGACGAUAUUGUUUUUUGACCAGAAAAAGAAAUUGUUUAAUUCAAGUGUAGUUGCCCAAAUAUAUUUCUUCAUCUCUGAAGAACUCUAUGCUUUUGCCGUCUGUCAUGAGAAGCACCGGUGCAAGACCAAGCUUGUUCACUCUCUAGUCAAUGCAAAGUUGUUGGCAGCUGUGAGCCUGUGAGCCUGAAUGGAUAGUAGAUAUUGGUGGCGUAUAAAAUUGAGGUUUUAUCCAUUUUUUAUGAAAAUAUCAAUUUACUCGAUGCCAAAUGUUUCUUCAAAAAGUGAGGGAUAAACUCUCACUUCAUCACCAUCAUAUCUUCCUGUUCUUCUAUCCGCUUCAUACAUAUCUUCAGAGAAGCUAACUUCGUGGCAGAGCAUUGCAAAUUUCGACCUUGGAGACCGUUUUUCUGCUAUUUGGCAUCAUUGCUUGCCCCUCUGUGUCCCAAGCAUUCUUUCUGGAUCAGCUUGGCAAGGGUGUUGUCCGCAGUCUCUCUUUGUAGUCUGUUUUCUUGUUUUGUUUCUUCAUCAAAAAAAAAAAAAAAUUGUUUCUUAAAAAAGUGAUUAUAGCCAAUGGCUGCUGGAAUGUUAUUAAGUUAUCCACUGUCCUUGAUCAUGACACUGUGAAUGCUAUUAUUGGAAUUCCACUUCCUUCGACUGAUAUUAUGGACAAGUUUGUUUGAGGGACUGCAGCUAAUGCCAGAUUCUCUAUUAAAUCUGCUACUUGGUUGCAGUGUCAUUCUACUACUGAUCAAUCAAUUAAGAAAGUUAUGAAUUUUGUUUGGAAGUUGAACAUUCCCCCUAAAGCCAAGAUCUUUGCUUGGCUUUUAGCUAGGGAAAGACUGAAAACAAGGGCAAGAAUUGCUCGUUAUUCUAAUGAUAUUGCCUAAUUGUGCUCUCUGCAAUUCUGCGGUGGAAGAUAUAAACCAUAUUUUCUUCUCCUGCCCCUUUGCUAUGCAUGUUUGGAAUUUAAAAGGUUCUGACACAUGAUUUUCACUCUUUUGAAGAUUGGUUGCUUCCCUGGUUCAGGAAGGAAACUAAAAAAUCCAGUACUGAGAACCGUAUCCUUCUUUGCUGGAAAAUCUGGGAAGCUCGAAAUAACCUCGUCU